UUCGAUCUGUAUGUGAAUGGAACGGUCCAUUUCCUACCCGGAACAGGUUGAAAUAUACGAAACGCGCGCAUUGUGAGGGACGCAAACACUAUACUAACUGGUACCAGGAUGCAGGAGGACUCCCGUCGAAGCGCCACCUACACGGUGGCGUGUGAGGACUACGUUCACGUCGUAGAGUUCAGCCCGUUCGACAGUGGCACCAAUGCAUCUCUCCUAGCGUAUGGAGGGAACCAGUACGUGGUCGUGGGCACCUGUCUAUUUCAGGAAGAGGACGCGGAGGUGGAGGGAGUGGAGUUCACUGUGCUCCGCGCGUUCCACCUCGACGUCCGCAUCGACUCCCUCGCCUGGAGCCCCGAGUCCCGCCUGGACCGGUUACCGACCGUCAGGCUCUGCACAGCCUCGCCUGACCGAAAGCUACGACUGUUGUCGUCUGACCUCAAGGACCGGCACGAGAUCAAGGAGAUGGAGGGUCACAGCAGCUACAUCAAUCAGGUGGUGUUUGAGCCCACAGAGGGGAAACAGAUCGCCUCCGUCAGCGAUGAUCACACCUGCAGAGUUUGGGACCUGGAGGGCAACGAGACCAUGAGCUUCAGUCUGCGUUCUCCGGGUGUCAGUGUGUGCUGGCAUCCAGAGGAGGUGUAUAAGCUGAUGGUGGCCGAGAAGAAGGGGACGAUCCGCUUCUACGACCUGGUCGCCCAGCAGGCCAUCCUGUCCCUGGACUGCGGACACUCGCCUCUCAUGUCCGCAGACUGGUGCCUCGCCAACACCAUCAAGGUUGGCGGGGUGGCCGGGAGCGACUGGCUGGUCUGGGACAUCACUCGCUCCAGUUAUCCUCAAGAAAGAAGACCUGCCCACAUGGACAAAGCAAGACUCAUUAGGUGGUCUCGGGCCAAUGAGAACCUCUUCGCCACCACCGGCUGCCCGGGGAAGUUCAGCAGCCAGUUGCUCAUCCACCACCUGGGCCAACCACAGCCGGUGGUGAUUGGAUCGGCCACGGUGGGGGCAGGGUUAAGCUGGCACAGGACCCUCCCCCUGUGUGUGAUUGGCAGCGACAGGAAGCUGCUGUUCUGGAUGACGGAGAUGUAGACGUGUUUGGAGGCGGGUCUUUUACUUCUAGUCCUAAAAAAUUUAAAUAAACUAUUUUUGUGAUA